AUGGAAGAUCGAGAAGUUGUUUGCUCUGCAGAAAGAUGCGAGUGUAAAGCCAUUUGCUAUCGAGGGGAAGGGGACAAGAAAGAGCCUUUUUGUGUAUGGCAUUAUGAUACAGAACGGGAGAAAUAUAUUAGGAUAAGCUCAGAUCAGUAUUAUUUAGAUAUUUGUGUGAUAACUGAGGAGGAUAUUACGUUUAUAGAAAAUGCACAGGAAAUUUUUGAACAAGUUUUCGCUCAGAAGGAAAAAAACGAGAAAGAUCAGUUUAAUCGGAACGUUUGUAAAUUGAUUCGUAUAUAUUUUAAAAUGAAAUCUAAUGCUUUAUUGAAGGUAUGUAGAAUGUGGAAAAAUAUUGUAAUAAAAUGGAAAGACGGGAUGGGUAAAUUAUUAAAAAAUGAAAACGAGAAUUUGAUCAAGUCUGAAGUUAUAAAAGAAAGACUGGAAAGAGCAAAAAAGAUGUAUUUAAAUCUUGAGCUUGUUUCACGGUAUUGAGAUUUAAAAACUUUAUUUGAUCUCUUGUCGGUUUCUAAUGAUAAUAUCGGAAUUCUCUCUCUCUGACAAAACGAUAUAUCAACAGAAAAAGAAGAAGACAGCUGCUUCUCGAUUUGAAAAGAGAUUAGGUCUUGAAUUGAUGAGUCGUAUUAUCUAAUGGAAUGAGUUUACUACAAGAAGAAGCCAUUUCCAAGUUCAAAUCUUUCUGAAGAAAUAAUCUCUUUUAAAAAUGUUUUGAAAGAUCUAGAUAAGCCCUUGAGAAAAUUCAAAAUUAAUGUAAAAGAGCUUGAUGUUAAUGAAAAAUUAUUUACUUCCAAUACUCUAAAUAUGAAUGAUUAUUUAUCAAUUAUAGCUGGAAUUUAUAACCAUGAUGAACCUUAUGAAAUUUGGAGAAUUUUAAAACCUCAGAACUCAGACGAGCAAAUAGAAUUUCUUAAGUUUUAUUUCAGAUACUUGAGAAUAGCUUCAACUUCGAUAUUUGAUUUUGGCUCUCGAGAGAUUAAAAUCAAUCAAUUAAAAGAUAACUUACUAUUUAAAAAGAACAUCCCAAGCUAUCCUAUAACUUAUAUAAAUUUUUGAAAUAACCUCUGUCAACAUGAUGGAAACUGAGACAUAAAAUCCUCCUACUAUCUUCCUGAACUAGGAGUUCAACUCUGAUCCAUGCAUAGAUUCCACAAGAAUUAUUCUUUCUGUUCUGAAUACGUCCCACUGCUAAAAUCCGAUUCAGGACAGCCUUUAGAAAUAUUGUAUCGCAUCCAAAACUUAGCUUUAAAGGCAGAAAGAAUCAAAAGAUAUGAGGGACUAGGCUUUUACCUUAAAUAUCCAAUUAUUUAACUUAGGACGGUAUUCCAUGGAUUCUGAAGAUGGAUGGAUUGUGUUAUGCCAUAAUGAAAUGUUGAGGAAUUGGGUCGGAUGAUAUCAAACUUUGAGUAAAGUGAGAGAUUUUAAUGGUACUGAACUAACUUCAUUUAAUCAAAUUCAAAUACCUGAUGAUUUAGAUAUUAAAGAGAGAAACAAUUAUCGAAUCCCAACUUUGAACGACUACGAAAGUGAUCCUAAGUUUAUUAUAAAUAUGCUAAAAAUAGAGAUUCUCGAAUAUAUUGUCGAGAAUAGGUUUCCUAAAUACUGGAGGAAGAAACAAGUUAAUUCAAAAGCAGAAGAAAUCCUAGAGUAUUUAUGCAAAGAUUAUGUUCAUAAAGAGCUUGGGUCUAAUUUCAAAAAUAUUGAAUCCAAUAUAGAUAUCAUUUCUACACAGAAAGACAAGAAUUAUUGCUCUUCAGUUAUUGAACCUAACAUGCGAAUGGGACUAAAUUGCCCAAAUAAAUCUAAAAAAGAAUGGACAAAUAAAUAUUCUUAUUUAUUUGAAGAAUCAUUUGAACAAUCUUCCUAUCCUUCUGAUUCUAAAACAAAUAAACAGCUUCAUGAAGAGAAUAAAUCUACCAAAACUAGAAUAGAUAAAGAUUUAGACCAAGAACCAAAAAGUAACUGUCAACUAGAUGAAAAUAAUUAUGAUGAAAGAGAAGAUCAUUCACUUUCCCCAGUGUCACAUGGUAAAGAAGAUAAGCAACUUAAUCCAGGACACUUAUAUACAGAAGAUUAUUGUUCUGAAAUAGGGACAUCUAGUAAUAAUUUAGGAUUCAUUGAUGAAAAUGAAAAUAUUAAUCUUACUUCUCUUGGCUCGGAAUCUAAAAACAUGUCUGUAUUUACUAAGGAAGAGGAAUGCAAGGCUCAAAAUCUCGAAUAUUCUGAGGCAAACAGCUCAAAAAUACCAGAGGAAGUUGUUUCGAUUGAGAAAUACACUGAAGAUGAAAUCAAAGACAUUGUCGAUGAAGCUGAGCAAGAAGUUUAUACACAAAGAAAAAGAUAUUACAGAUUAUUCAAUUACAAGUCUCUUUCCGAAUAUUUUAUAAGCAAAAAGUAUUACAAAUUUAAAUUAUUAGAUUCGGAUGAUCUUCUUUUGGAAUAUGAUCUUUCUAACUUUGAAGAAUUCAGAGAAUUCGCUUCAAAUCCAAGGUGGAAAAAACAAAUCUCAAUAUCCUCUCUGGACAAAAUUAUGGCUAAAUUAGACACAGGAGAGAAUAUAAAAAAUCUUUCAUUGAUUAAAACAAGGCUAUGUGAGUUUGAGACAUUAGAACUGAGGAUUCAUAAAGAUAAAUUAAAGGAUAUCAACAAUUUUUUUACCAGAUAUUUUCCUAUAAGCUGUCAAUACUUUACAUUAGCCUUUGUAUAUGGGCGGAAACUUCAAAUUGACUACUAUUUUAACUCAUUAAUCAAUCUGAGCAGCAGAGUCACUGAAAAACUUCAUAUUAUCAGUUGGAAACUAAGACAACGCCAAAUGAUGACUAUUUUUAAAGAGUUCAAACAUGUUCGCUCUUUAAAAUUUCAAAGUUGAAUUUUUGCUCUUGAAUCUGUGCCUGAAUUUGGUAAUUCCCUUGAAGGUUCAAACAUAAAGGAGUUAAAAUUGAAAAUGAAAGAUUAUGGAGAUAAUGGCUAUGGAGUUGAACACUUAAUUGAAGGAUUAUCUCAGUCUAAUGGCUUUCUUCAAAAUUUAGACACGAUUUAUAUUGAUGGAUGGGGAAAUACUGAAGAAAAAAAAGAAAAAUUAAAGAAAUAUGUUGACAUUCAAAAAUUGAAAUUAUUUAAUCUUGGUUCUUUCUAA